ACUGAACAGAUGUCCGCAGAAAUGGUUUAAACAUCCAGGACGAGUGGGAAAGGCGUUUUAAAAUACUUACUCUAAACCAAAUGACAAACUAAAAGGGAUCUGCCUUUUGUGUCCACUCUCCCCUGAGGAGAAUGAAGGGGUUAUUCCUGGUAGAGCCACUGGUUGCCUUCUAUGCCUUCGCCAGUUUCCUCAUCUACCCCCUGGUACAGCAGUAUGUCUACAGGAGGCUAUGGCAGGAGAUGACCAACACAACCUACCCUGUCUCUGACAACAGCUCACGCUGCGAUCCCUCCGACACCAGCAGCCACCAUGAGGAGGUCCAGAAGGCGGCAUCUCUCUUCUCCCUCUACACCGAGCUCUUCUCCAUGAUCCCCUCCCUGGCCGCCACCCUCAUCCUCGUCACCUAUAGCGACCAGCGCGGACGCAAGAUCACCAUCAUCCUGCCUCUGAUUGGCUCUCUGUUUUACACGGUGUCCUUCCUGUCCGUCUCCUUCUUCGAGCUGGACCUCUACCUCCUCAUCGUCUCCUCCUUCGUCAGCGCCCUGUUCGGGGGCUCGGGGACGUUCCUGGGGGGCUGUUUCUCCUACAUCGCUGACCUGUGCGAGGACGGGCAGGAGAAGACCCUGCGGAUGGCCGGGGUGGACAUGGUGAUCGGCCUGCUGUCUGGAGUGGCCUCUCUCUCUACGGGCUACUUCCUCCGAGCAGCAGGCUUCAACUGGCCCUUCUUCACCUCGGCUCUGUUCCAGUGUGUCAACCUGGUCUACGCCGUCUUCGUCCUGGAGGAGACGGUCCAACGACCUCCAGACGACAUGCGUCAGCUGGCCUACGGGGUCUACCAGCUGUUUGCAGGGGCCAGCAGGAGGCGCAACGUCCUCCUGGUUCUCCUCCUGCUCCUCUUCUCCUCCUUCUCCUUCGCCAACGUGGGCGGGAUCUCCACGAUCACGCUGUACGAGCUCAACCAGCCGCUGUGCUGGAACGAGAUCCUGAUUGGCUACGGCUCUGCGCUGUCCAUGACAGUGUUCCUGACCAGCUUUGUGGGCGUGACUGUGUUCUCUCGCUGCGGCGUGCCCAACCUCGUCAUCAUACUCAUAGGGAUACUGAGUGUCAUGGCGGCCAUGACCCUGGUGGCCUUCGCCAAGACCACGCUCAUGAUGUUCCUAGUGAGGCUUCCAAUGCUGCUGGCUAUCAUGCCAUUCCCCAUGCUGAGAUCCAUGAUGUCGAAGAUCGUGUCAAAGACCGAGCAGGGAGCGUUGUUUGCGUGCUUGGCGUGCCUGGACAGUGUGAGCAACAGUGUGGCAGUGGCUGUUUUCAGUAGUAUCUACGCUGCCACGGUAACCUGGUACCCUGGAUUCAGCUUCCUGUUGUCUGCUGGACUCUGUGUCAUCCCCUUAGCCCUGCUAGCGUGUGUGGGGCUGCUGGGGGUGGAUGAAAGUAAAGAGGCCAAGGAGGCAGAGGCCCUCAUCCCAGGAGAGGAAGACCUGGCUGUAGACUAUAACCCUCCCCUCACCUGAGACUGGACACUGGAGAUGGAGGCUGGGGGCUGGAGGCUGGUCUAUCUUGCUGCUCUUUGGAUUGUUUUCUCUCUAGUUUCUCUUAUCUCUCUCUCAAUUCAAUUUCAAUUUAAGGGCUUUAUUGGCAUGGGAAAC